CGUGGGAUGCCAGCUGAGCCUUCCUCAGAGAGCCAGAGAAAGGGACCGUGGCAGGCUGGCGUGGAACGUGCAGGAGCCUUUGGAAGACCUGGCAGCUGCUGCUGCUCCUCCUCCUCCUCCUCCUGCUCCCUCCUCCUCCUCCUUUGAACAGGAUCCAUCAGACAACACGGUGAAGCUGCGGUUUGCCAGCAGUGCCAAGAAAGGGGGAUGUAAUCAAAUGACAGAAGAAGGAAACCUUCACCUGAACAAACCUGAGACAGUGGAACACAAUGAGACCAUGCUGGGAAAAGCCAAAGGAAAUCUCUUCGCCAUUCGUGAUGAGGAAGAGAUGAUACCUAGGAAUCAGCCAGAAGCCGAAAUUCUUCAGGAAAAGCAUUCAGGACAGGAGACAGAAGGGGCUUUGCUUCAUGAGGAAGGUGCUGGAAGUGUGGCAAACAAAGAGUGCAAGACCAAAAGGGCAUGCACAGAGUGUGGAAACCUCUGUGAGGUCUUCGAACUUCCCACGAGUCAGAAAACACAGGCAGAAGAAGAGUUUUACAUAUGCCCCCGUUGUGGGAAGACCUUCAAAAACGGGGCAUCCCUCACUCUGCGCAAAGGGACUUUGGCUGGAGAAAAACCCUAUCCGUGCUCGGACUGUGGGAAAAGCUUUGGCACAAAAGCUUCCCUCCUGAAGCACAAAGGGACCCACACAGGAGAGAAGCCCUACGUGUGCUCUGAGUGUGGGAAGUGCUUCACCACCAGCUCCAACCUGAUCUACCACAACAUCGUGCACACGGGAGAAAAGCCACACAAGUGCUCGGACUGUGGGAAAAGCUUUCACUGGAAGUCGUCUCUGAUCACACACGAGAGAACACACACGGGCGAGAGGCCGUACGAAUGCUCCGAGUGCGGGAAGAGCUUUGGCAACAGCUCCCAGCUCCUGCGACACAAGAGGGUGCACACUGGCGAGAAGCCGUACCACUGCUCAGAGUGCGGCAGGAGAUUCAACCAGAUCGCUUCUCUCAUCGCACACAAGAGAAUCCACACAGGGGAGAAACCCUAUGAAUGUUCUGAGUGUGGGAAAGGGUUUGGUACCCGGACAAACCUGAUGAUGCACAAGAGGGUACACACGGGCGAGCGGCCGUACAAAUGCUCCUACUGCGGCCAGAGUUUCAGCCAGAGAACGCACCUCAUCAUCCAUGAGAGGACCCACACGGGAGAGAAGCCCUAUACGUGCCCUGAAUGCGGGAAGAGUUUCAACGCGAAAGCGCCCCUCAUCACGCAUCAGCGGACCCACACGGGAGAGAACCUGUACCAGUGCUUCCAGUGUGGGAAGAGCUUCAGCACAAGCUCCAACCUCCUCAACCACAACAUCAUCCACACUGGGGAGAAGCCACACAAGUGCUUGGACUGUGGCAAGUGCUUCAAUCGGAAGUCGUCCCUCAUCACGCACCAGAGGACCCACACGGGAGAGAAGCCGUACGCCUGCUUUGAGUGCGGGAAGCGCUUCAUUUCUAGCUCAGACCGGACAAAACAUAAAAAGGUCCACAGAGGGAAACGCUCAGGCUAUGGCGAGAGCUUUGUACAUGGCCCAGCACUUGCAGAACCAGAGAGCCUCCAGCCAGGAGGGCAGCCAUCCGCCGCCGAAUUCCACUUCCUGCCCCCUCCGCUCCUGCUGCUGCUUCUGCUUCAUGGUGGGGAAUCCAGGACUAGCCUAAAGUCAUCCAGUGAUUCCAGGUGUUGUGUCUCUCCCCGCUGGGUCUCUUGGUGUCUAAGGAAGUGUUUGCCCAUUUCUGUUCCAGAUGCAGGCGCCUUUGGAGGACCUGGCAGCACCUUCCUCCUCCUCCUCCGAGCGGGAUCCGUCAGACAAUACGGAUGUAAUCAAAUGUCAGAAGAAGGAAACCUUCACCUGAACAAACCUGAGACAGUGGAACACAAUGACACCAUGCUGGAAAAAGCCAAAGGAAAUCUCUUAGCCAUUCAUGAUGAGGAAGAGAUGAUACCUGGGAAUCAGCCAGAAGCUGAAGGUUUUCGGGAAAAGUAUUCAGGACAGGAGACAGAAGGGGCUUUGCUUCAUGAGGAAGGUGCUGGAAGUAUGGCAAACAAAGAGUGCAAGAUCAAAAGGGCAUGCACAGAGUGUGGAAAUCUCUAUGAGGUCUUUGAACUUCCCACGAGUCAGAAAACACAGGCAGAAGAAGAGUUUUACAUAUGCCCCCGUUGUGGGAAGACCUUCAAAAAUGGAGCAUCCCUCACUCUGCGCAAAGGGACUUUGGCUGGAGAAAAACCCUAUCCGUGCUCGGACUGUGGGAAAAGCUUUGGCACAAAAGCUUCCCUCCUGAAGCACAAGGGGAGACACAUGGGCGAAAGGCCAUAUGAAUGCUUCGAGUGCGGGAAGAGCUUUGGCAACAGCUCUGAGCUCCUGCGACACAACAGAGUACACACUGGCGAGAAGCCGUACCACUGCUCAGACUGUGGCUGGAGAUUCAACCAGAUGGCUACUCUCAUCGCACACAAGAGAAUCCACACAGGGGAGAAACCCUAUGAAUGUUCUGAGUGUGGGAAAGGGUUUGGCACCCGGACAAACCUGAUGAUGCACAAGAGGGUACACACAGGCGAGCGGCCGUACAAGUGUUCCUAUUGUGGCCAUGGUUUAAGCCAGAGAACGCAUCUCAUCAUCCAUGAGAGGACCCACACGGGAGAGAAGCCCUAUACAUGCCCUGAAUGCGGGAAGAGUUUCCAUGCAAAAGCAGCCCUCAUCACGCAUCAGCGGACCCACACGGGAGAGAACCUGUACCAGUGCUUGCAGUGUGGGAAGAGCUUCAACAAAAGCUUCAACCUCCUCAACCACAGCACCAUCCACACUGGGGAGAAGCCACACAAGUGCUUGGACUGUGGCAAGUGCUUCAAUCGGAAGUCGUCCCUCAUCACGCACCAGAGGACCCACACGGGGGAGAAGCCGUACGCCUGCUUUGAGUGCGGGAAGCGAUUCAUUUCUAGCUCGGACCGGACAAAACAUAAAAAGGUCCACAGAGGGAGCCGGGGGUCAGACUAGAUGGCCAAGAGUCCCCUUCUGACUUGUGUUUCUAUGUUUCUCUGUGUUUCUAUGAGAGCUUUGUGCAUGGUCCGAUGCUUACAGAACUAGAAAGUAUCCACCCACCCAGGACAGCAGUUAUA